AUGUGUAGCUACGAAACUGGGAAUGGUAUCAAGCGUGAAGAGACGUCGUUUGACAAAGUGGUAGAGGGCAAGGCCGAGCAUAGACACACUGAUUGCAGCAACGAAGGUGGUGAGGAUGAGGAUAGUGGAGAAAUCCAUGUGCAAAAGGGAUCCUACUCUUAUACCGCUCCAGAUGGUACCGUCGUUAGCGUAUCGUAUAUUGCAGACGAAAAUGGAUUUCGACCUACCGGAGAACAUAUUAACUUAGGACCGAAAAGAGUUGAGACCUUCAGUCACAUAAACAAAUACGACUCUUCACUAGAACACGAGAACAGUGAGGAAUAUAAAUCCAAACCUGUUCAUAAAAAGAAAGCUUUGGCAGAAAACUCAGAGUCGGGAUCAUUUGAAGACAUUUUACCACCUCAUGGUGAAUUUGCGAAAAAAAUCACCAAAGAAGAAACUCAUAUGGUCAUUAAACCUGAAAAGGUAGUCAAAGAAAACAACAAACUAAACAAUAAAAACAUACUAGUUAAAAAAGAUAAAAGGCCAAGUUUUACUGCACCUGGGGUACUCGUUGCUGAAGAAGAUGACUUAACUAACGAUAAUCCAGCACUUGAGAAAAAAGUAGAGCAUCCCAAAAAUCAUACUGAAGCCUCUAGCAAACAAAGCAAAAAAGUUUUUAUCAAUAUGGAUAUAAAACACAACGUUAAGGAAAGUGAAAACCAAGAAAAAAUAUCAAGAGAAGAUAAAAAAACUGCUAUACAAAAAGAAGAAAACCUAGCUACAAAGGAAAGUGACGAACUUGAAGCUCAAGUAAAGAAAAAUUCAUUUGAUAAAAAAGAAGAAAAAUCCUUUGCCAAAGAAGGGAAAAAGCUGCCCAAAGCUGACGAAGAGUCGGUUAGUAAAGAAGGGCAAAAACACGAAGCUAAAAAUGUAAGAAAACCUGCAGUUGAUGAAAAGAUAGGUGCCAUCGAAGGAGAAAAGCCGCUUCGAAAAAUGAGGAAAAGACUGCAACAAAUGAAAAUGAUAUGUCAGAAACCAAAGAUGGAAAAACAGCACUUGUCAAGAAAAGAUGCUUCAAAAGAUGGUGAAAAAACUACUGUUAAACAUGCAGAAAAUCACGCUGCCAAAGAAGACCUUCUUGCAAAAGAAAGUAAAAAUUUUCUUGCUAAAGGAGAUAAACUAGCCUCCAAAGAAGAAGAUAAACAUGCGCCCAAAGAAGAGAAACCAACCCUUAAGGAAGGAGAAAUGCCUGCCUCCGUAGGAGAAAAAUUAACACUUAAUGAAGGAGAAAAGCCAGCGCCCAUAGAAGGGGAAAAACUAGCUCCCAAAGAAGGAGAAAAAUCUCCGCCCAAAGAAAACAAGCUAACCCUUAAGGAAGGAGAAGUGCCUGCCUCCAUAGGAGAAAUACCAAACCCUAAAGAGGGAGUAAAGACAGCACCCAAAGAAGAAGAAAAGCCAAGUUCCAUAGAACGAGAAAAACCAGUGCACAAAGAAGGUGAAAACUCAGCACUCAAAGAAGGAGAAAAACCAGUACUCAAAGAAGGAGAAAAGUCUGUACCCAAAGAAGAAGAGAAGCGAGCCCACAAAGAAGGAGAACAGUCGGCCUCCAAAAUAGGUGAAAAUCCGGCCCCUAAAGAAGGAGAGCAGCUGGCUGUCAAGGAAGAAGACAAACUUUCGUUCAAAGAAGAAAAAAAGACAACUCCUAAAGAAGGACAGAAGUCAUCUCCCAAAGAAGAAGAAAAUCUUGCUCCCAAAAAAGGGGAACAUCCAGCCCCUAAAAGAGAUAAGUCAGGCUCCGAAGGAGGAGAAAAGCCUGCCCGUAAAGAUGCCGAAAAACCAGUUGUUAAGGAGGGAGAAAAAUCAGCUUCCAAAGAAGGAAAAAAGCCAGUCCCCAAAGAAGGAGAAAAGCCAGUUUCCAAAGAAGGAGGGAAGGCAGCGUCCAAAGAAGGAGAAAAGCCAGUACUCAAAGAAGGAGAAAAGCCAGUGUCCAAAGAAGGGGAAAAGGAAAAGCCAAAUGUCAAAGAUGAAGAAAAACCAGCUCCAAAGGAAGGAGAAAAAUCAGCGCCCAAAGAAGAAGAAAAGUCAGGCCCCAAAGAAGGAGCUAAGCAAGGUCUCAAAAAAGAAGAAAUACCAGCUCCCAAAGAAGGAGAAGAGCCAGCUCCCAAAGAAGGAGGAAAGACAGCGUCUAAAGAAGGAAAAAAAUCAACUGACAAAGGAGGAGAAAAGCCAGUGCCCAAUGAAGGAGAAAAGCCAGCGCUCAAAGAAGGAGAAAAGUCAGAGCCCAAAGAAGGAAAAAAGCCAGUCCCCAAAGAAGGAGAAAAGCCAGUUUCCAAAGAAGGAGAAGAGCCAGCUUCCAAAGAAGGAGAAAAGCCAGCGCUCAAAGAAGGAGAAAAGUCAGAGCCCAAAGAAGGAAAAAAGCCAGUCGCCAAAGAAGGAGAAAAGCCAGUUUCCAAAGAAGGAGAAGAGCCAGCUCCCAAAGAAGGAGGAAAGACAGCUUCUAAAGAAGGAGAAAAGCCAGUGCCCAAAGAUAGCGAAAAAUCAAUCCCCAAAGAAGAAGACAAGCCAGUGCCUAAAGAAGGAAAAAAGCCAGAGCUCAAAGAAGGAGAAAAACCAGUCCCCAAAGAAGGAGAAAAGCCAGUUUCCAAAGAAGGAGAAAAAUCAACUUCAAAAGAAGGAGAAAAGCCAGUGCCCAAAGAUAGUGAAAAAUCAAUCCCCAAAGAAGAAGACAAGCCUAAAGAAGGAGAAAAGCCAGAGCUCAAAGAAGGAGAAAAACCAGCUACUAAAAAAGGAGGAAAGACAGCGUCCAAAGGUGGAGAAAAAUCAGUUAUCAAAGAGGGUGAAAAACUUAGAUCUAAAGAAAGUGAAAAGCCCGCACUUAAGGAUGGAGAAAAGCUACCUAGCAAGGAAGGUGAAAAAUCUAACGAGGCAAGCAAAUUACCUAGUAAAGAAGUAAAUAAUACAAAAGAAGAAAAAUCUGUUACUAAAGAUGCAGUUGAAUCGAAAAAAGAACCUGAAAAUGCAGAAAAAUUAUCACAAAGAGCGGUUAGCGUAGCAAAAGAAGCUAAGAAAUCAGCUAGUGGAGCAGUUCAGUCUGCUAUGGAAGCUUUAAAAACCGUAGAAGAAGUAAUUCAAACUAUAAAAGAACAGAGUGCGAUAGAAGGUCCAUCGUCUAAAAAUAAUGCAACAGCAGCAAAAGCCCUAAUUGCCAAAAACGCAGCACAAGAAGCACUACAAGCUGCUCAAGCAGUUGGUUCUGCCGCUGAAACUGCAGAAAAGGCCGCCAAGGAAGCUAUAUCUUUGGCGAAAUCGCUACCAAAACCCUCGGAAAUCAUUGCGCAAAGUAGAGAACAUCACUUGAAUGUACUGAAAAUUGACAACCCUAUAAAAGAUUUAGGGAAGUCGUCUGUAGACCUUGAAAAAACUGAAGAACCUGAUUACAGUGUUAAACCAAUGGAGAACCCAAAAAAAGUAACUAAAUCUCCAGACGAAGCGCCUAAACAUGAGGCUGCAUAA